AUGUCGAAAGUUUUACUCCUACCACACACAAUUGAGAUGAAUUACAAACCUCCCGCCACCUACAACUCUGUUUUGUACCCUCUUAAUAACUAUGGGUCGACGUAUGGAAUCUCGACCGAAAUCGACAGAGCGAUUAUUGGCCUAGCGCCUGAGAUUAUCCUGGAAUGCUGUCACGAGAUUCAGUCCCGCCUGGACAAGAGACGGAGCCACGCCUCUCACAUGUCACCUCUUCAGGAGACGUCAAGGCUUUUCAAAAGAGCAUUCUCAUCCUAUCGAGAUGGCCGGAUAGACUCUAGGAUUCUUGACUUGAAAAGCUUCCCUGGAAGACUUCUCCACAAUAUCACCUCUACCCCUCUUCACUGUGCCCUACUCAUCGCCGAGAUACACCACGUCAACACUGAACGGAAGAGCGUCAAACAUAGACUUUUUGAGGAUCUUUUGGACAGCCUAGGAAAAGCUACACAUUCGGUAUUUUCAAUGCUUGUAAAGCUUUACCUCAAGACGCAGGACUCAUUGAAAAGUUAUAUAUCAUCCCCUCAUGGUUUUGGAGUUUUUUUGGCCUUAGGAAUGCUUUUUGAGGCCUACGGAUCACGGCUGGCACCAGCGAACACUUUGUACCUUGUAUCUGGCCACGUACUGGAGAGAGAACAUUGCUCUGGGAUUGCUCUUGCAUACUUUAAUAAGGUCUGUAAGCUGAGGGAAAGCAUUUUAUCAGUACUAGAACCAUUACCUGAGGUGGUCGGCGCAGAGAUUCAAAUUUGGGAGAACUUGCUUGAGCGAAUCCUAACGACGCUGAUCUCUUUCCCAUAUAUCGGUAUGUACGAUGAUAACGAUCCUCGCUGGUUUGGGUUGAUUAGGGUACUGUCUCACGAGGCAAAUUCCUUACCAGAGGUCAUGGGGGUUACGAGGUUUCAACGUUUACUUAAUAUAAAGUAGUAAUCCCUUUUAUCUUAUCUAUAAAUACUUUAGCCUAUUUAGAGGCGGGUAGUAUCUUAUCUAUAUUAGGCUCUACCCUUAAUAAAAUAGGAGAGAACGUGUUAUACCUAUAUAUUAUAAAGAAUAAGCUUAUUCUAAGGCCUACUUGAUAGCGUCUAUUAAGCGCUAGUUAAGCUAUAGGGAGCUAACGCUUCUAAUCGGACUAUUCUUAGUUAAUAAAGUUCUAAAGGUAUACUUAUACCUCCUAGUUUAGCCUCUCUAGUCGUUCGUUAGUUUAUAGAUAGUAAGCGAAGCUAAGUCUUUAUUAUACGCCUAUUGAGUAGUAGAAGGUUUUCUAGAAUAUACUUAUCUAGUUCGUACUUUUAUUACUAGUAAUAGUAUAAGGUAUAUUAUAAUAUUAUACCUAGUAUUCUAUAAACCUUUUAGUAUACUCCUCUACUUUUAUACUAGGUAUCGCUUCUAAUAUAAUAGUCUUACUUAAUUAGUCCUUAAUAACCUAGAGGUAGCGAUUCUCUCAGGAAUUUAGUAGGUUAGUUAUAAAGUCUAUAAAGAUUUUCUAAAAGAAUUAGUCGGGGACUAGUAGUAGCUAUAAAAGGCUAUAUUUAUAUUCCCUCUAUACUUUAUUCCUUCUAUAAUAGUUAUAGUUCCUUAGAAACCAUCUUAUAUACUUAGAUUAUAGUAGCUAGUAAAAGUUAUAUUCUAAUAUAAAAGUAGUAGAGUCUUAGCCUAGGUAUUUAUAGACUAGCGAAUUAUAAAUAGAUUAGAUAAGCUUAGUUCUUAGAAUAUUAUUUUAUUAUAGUUUAAGUUCCUCUCUAUUUAAGUCGGCUUCCGACAAAAAUAGAGCUCCUAAAACCUAUAACUUCUUAUAGUAAUAUAAGUAGCUUUUUAUAUUAACUUUAUAGUCGCCUACUUAGAUCUUUAUCUUAACUUUACUUAGAAAGGAUUAGUCGCUGUUCUAAAUAGAGUAGAGGACGUUUUUAUAUAGUAUAUCCUUUUAUACUAUUUUAUCCUAUAACUUAUUUAGUUCUUAGUCCUAGAAUAAAGCUUAGGAUUCCGGGUCUUAAUAUAUAGAGUCCUACAUAAACUAUAUAGCUAGUAGUUAAACUAAAAUAGUAGCUACUACCGACGUAGUAGCUACUACUACCUCUUCUUUCUUUACUAGCUCUAGCUAGUUUCUAAUAUAGUCUAGCUCUAGAAAACGCCUAAACCUUAAUAUCUUAUUACUCUCUCUAAGGAUAUCUUAUUCUCUUCUAGAUAGUAUAUUUAGGAUAAUAGCUUUAGUUCCUAGUUAAUAAAUUAAGGUAAACUAGAAUAAAGCUAUAGUCUUAUACUAGUAAAUCUAGCGCUUUAUUAGCUGCCUCUUUAUUAUAAAAUACUUAAGGUUCUUAUAAUCUAUUUAGAUAGUAAAAGGGCCUACUACUUUUAGUUUAGGGGUCUAGAACUUUAGAUAGAAUACUACAACUAAUAUUUCUUUAUUAUAGAUAUUAUAGUUAAUUUUAGCCUUAUUUAGCUUUUAGAAGAAAAAACCUACUAGUUAAUAGACUCUAUCUCUUUCUUAAAAGAGGGCGCCUUCUAUUAUAAACCUACUAUAGUCUAUGUCUAGGAAUAUAAGUAAUAUAAAAUCCUACUUUACUAGUACUAAAGCCUUAUGAAAUUUACUUUUUAAGGCCUUAAAUACUAACUCCUCCUCUCCUCCCUAAGAGAAUAGAGUUCCCUUACUAUUAAUUAUCUUACUAAUUUAGAGUAGUUUAUAAUAAAUAUCUAAUAGAAAUUAUAGAACCUAAGAAAAUAAUAAACUUCUUUUUAUAUCUUAAGAGCUACCUAGUUUUAUAUUACUUUAAUCUUCUUAGGGUUACGUCCUAUACCUUUUCCUUUAGUAUAUAUAAUAAAACCUAAGUACUUAAUAUAUUUCUUAAUAAACUUACUCUUUCUAAGAUCUAAGAAGAGGCCUCUAUCCUAAAGCUUAUAAAAGAUAUCUUAUACCUUUAUAAAAUAUUCCUCCUUAGAGCCUUUAGUAUAAAUAACUAUAUAAUUUAUAAAAGCUAAGGAGUAGAUAUCUAGAAAGUCCUAUAGUAAACUAUUAUUAUAAUAUUAGAAUAUUACUAGAGCCCUACUUAAUCUAAAUAAAGUUACUAGCUAUUUAAAGAAGCCGAACCUUAUGUCAAAGUAGUCUUAUAUUUAUAGCCUUAGGCUAUUUGAAUCUAGUAGUAGACGCUAAAAUAAUAUCGACUUUUAUAAGCUUGUUAGCGUCUAUUAUAUUUCUUAAGGUCUCUACUAUAAGAAGAAGAGGAUAUUAGUCUAGCUUUAUAAUUAUAUUUAAUACAUAGUAAUUAUAGUAGAACCUUAGUCUCUUACUAGGUUUUCGUAUAAAUAAAACAAAAGCUACUACUUCUAAUAUAAAAGGCCCAAUAAAUCCCUUUACUUAUAAGUUAUUAAGUAAUUUCCUUAAAACUGAUAGUUUAUCUUUACAUAUAUUGUAUAGUAGUUCUUAUAGUAAUACUAUUAGAGUCUUAUCUACUUAAUUAUAGAUUUUAAUUUUAGUAUUAAUACCUACCCUAUAAGGUACUAGUUCUUCUACUACUUAUUUAGAAAAUAAUAGUACUAUAUCCUUAAUCUUAGAAGAUAGUAUCUAUUCUAACUACUUUAUUGAUAACUUAUCUUUAUCUUUUAAGGCUUUCCUAAUAUCCUUUAUACUAGUAGCGGCUACUAUUAUAAAAGUACUAUUAUCCUUAUAGUUAUAAUAGUUAUAACCUUCUUUUAUCUAUUAUAAUACCUUACUAUAAUAGAACUAUUGUUUUUCUAGUACCAUUUAUAUUUUAUCAUAUACCUUCUAUAGGUUUCCAAGAAUUAUUAGGAAGUCUAAGUUUAGUAUUAUAUAUAUAUAUAUACUACUUAACUAUAUCCGGCUAUAUUUAUUCGAAAGGCGAUAACUCCUUUAACCUCUAAAUUAUAUAUAGAUAAAGAGGCUCCCUUUACCUUCUAUCUUUUAUUACUAGUAAAUAUAAGACUAAGCCCUUUUAUAAGGUCUUUGUUUAUUAUAGUAUAGUAUCAGUAUCCCUUAUUAAUAAGAGUAAAGGCUCUAAAAGUUUCUUAAAGGAUUAUAUCUAUAUAUAUAAGGUUUCUGUUUAUUACUUUCUUAGGCUCCUUCUAUCCCUUUACUAAUACUCCUUUUACUCUUAGUUUCUAACUACGACUAAGAGCUAGUCUUUUCCUAACUUAGAGGAAUCGGGCUUAGCUAUUUUAUUAUUAUCUUCUAGUACUAGACCUACCCUAACUUAAUUGAUCUUAACUAGUUAUAAAUGUAGGUUAUAUAGAUAUCCUUAGAUCUAGUAUCUUAAAGCUUUAUAUCAGAAGUAGAGUCUUUUCUCUUAGCAUCUCUCUCUUUCUAUAAUAUCUACUUAUUUAGCUCUCUAUUUUCUACUUAUAACUUUAUAGUCACUAGUAGUUUUUCCUUAGUCGCCGCCUAUUUAUAUUAGUACUAUUAUAGUAUCUCUAUUAGCGUCCAGUCGGGGUAUUAUAGAGUAACUCUAUAAGCGUGUUAUUAUUACUAUCUUUAUCCUAGACUUCUUAUUCUUUUCUUUCUAUUUCUUGUUUAAUAAUUUAAACUAGUUAGUCUUUUUAAGGUUAGUUAUAAUAUACUCUACCUUCUUAGAAAACUUAUUGUAGUCUAUUAUUUUAACUAUAGUAGCUAUAUAUAUUUAAACAAGGUUUAAAAAGGUAUUCUUAAAAUAGCUAAUCUUUAUAUUAUUUUCCUAGCUUUCUCUACCUACGCUUAGUAAGAGUUUAUUAAAUUUAAGCUAGUAUUUAUACUAAGGUUAACCUAAGGAAUAUUUUAGGCUAGUAAGCUUUUCUAAGACUUUAGCUUAUUUAUUACUAUCUAUGAAGGUUUUGUUAAGCUAUAUAAAGAAAGCUAUAGUGUCACGAAUCACGUGCUAGCAGGUGACGAGUGAAGACCAGGCGGCGUCCUGACAGGUUAAACAUUAUCAUGGACUCUUAUAGCGAAUAGGGACGCUUAGACUAGCUAAGCGAUCCAGGGAUUUCUCUUGGUUAGUUAUCACGUGAUGGAAACGAGCGACAUGGCCGACGAGUCGACCAUGUCGGCCAUGGUCGAACAGUCGACCAUGGCGACCACAGAGAACGAAGGUUCUAUAUAAGACUGGCACGUCUGCCAUUAGAUAGGAGCUUCGUGCUCAACUUAGUUAUCAAUCUUAUCAUAUUAGUUUGACAUCUUUGAUACAAGUAACGAGUUCACUUCCAAGUGAACAACCCGAUAGUCUUCUUCUUAUCAUAGCAUACCAACCAGCGAACACCCAGCCAAGUUUAGUUAGCCAGUUUGAGUAUUCGUUACAUAUAGGAUCCUUAUUCUAUCUAGCGUUCCCCUUCUCCUAGAGGUAUCUUAUUUAGGCUUACUUAUAUAGUAGAAGGGUAUUAUAAAUAGUAUUCUAGUAAUAAUCUAUAGAGAGCGCUAGUUUUUUUAUAGACUAUACUAUAUAUAAGCUCUUAAGUCUUAGAAGGUAAUCCUAGAAGGUAUUUAUAUACCUAUCCUAGGUAGGUAGUUUCUAAUCUCUAAGGCCUAAUAGUUAGUAGUCGGGGUUCGACUAGUUUAUUAUUCUAAGUAACGAAAUUAAGGCUCUUAUAAGGUUAUUUAUAGAUAUAGAGCUUUCUAAUAUACUUAGUCAGGGCUCUCUCUCCUUUCCUUUAGUAUAUAACCUUAUUAGCUCGGCCUCUAGUAUCCCUUAAUACUAGUAGACGUCUUAGAGAGCUUAGUAAAGUUCUAUAUUUAAUAUCCCUUUAUAGCUCCUAUUUACUAGUAGGCUUAGCCUAGUAGCUAUCUUAAACUUAUUAGGAAUAGAGAGAUCUAUAAUUUAAUCGUCUAUAAUAGAUCGAACUUAAUAUUAUAGCAGACUAGCGUAUAUAUAGAAGGUUUCAUAUAGUAAUUAAUAAGUUUAAUAAAGGAGAGAGAAGGAAUCUUCUCGGGCUCCGCUAUAAAGGAGAAGUAGCCCUCUUAGUAAGGCUUAGUAAGCACUAGUAUAGCUAGUACUAUACUUAGGGGCUAACCCCUUAUAAUAGUAAGCUAAAUUCUUAAUACAAUGAAGUGAGAGCUAAAAAUUAUUAUUAUUAGGAGAUUAUUAAGAUAAGAUAGAAUAAAAUAAGAUUAGAUAGAUAAGAAUAAAUUAGAAUAGAAUAGAAUAGAAUAGAAUAGGUAAUUCAUUAUAUACGAUACGAGUUUUAGCUCUAGAAUUUAGAACAAACCGAUAAACCGAUAAGCUAAGGACUAAGGUAAGUAAGUAGAAGAACAAUAUAUUAAGUAAUAACAUUAUCUAUCCGUUAAACUACCUAAUUCAUAUAAAGAAAAAUCACGUAGUACUAUACCUACUAUAUAACACGAGAUACAUACUUAAUACAUACUCCAUACUCUACCCAUCAACAUCAACCUAUCUCUCUUACCGGUAUCCCAUCGAACCAGUUUACUAGUUCUCAGCAGCAUUUAAUCAAGCGCGCGCCAGACCCCUAAACUCCGACCCGACCGAAGACAGCAAAUAACCAUACCCCAAACUCCAAACUCCAUACCCCAUACCCCAUACUUCUAAUCUCUAUUCAUUCCAAAGAACCAAACCAAGCUCGAUUAACUUAACAUAUCUCUUAGUAGAUUAGAGAUACGAAGACCAGACCGGAUCGUGUACCGUACACAGACCAAGUUACGCAACCUCGCAACCUCGCAAGCAAGUACCAAGACACCUACAGUGACCGACCUACUUCGUAAGUCCCGAAUCCCGAGAAAGUAUAUCUCGACCGUAUAGUAGAGGUGGAAGUGGACGGCUCUAAGAACGGAACGGAUGGAUUUUACUACCUAGGUAGUCUUGUAGUCUUGUAGAGUUAAAUAAAUACAAAGAUAAGAAAAGAUGGGAAGAUUAGGUUUAUACUUGUAUAAGGUAGUAGAUUAAGCGCCGGUAGUAUUAUAUCUAGGUAGAUCCGGGUUUUCGGAAUAGUAAUACUAGAAUCUAUCGGGGAUUAUUUUAGGAUUUCUAUUUCUAUUACUUUUCCUAUUCCUAGUACUAUUUAGCCUCCGUGUAAAUAGUUAAUAGGCUAUGUCGAUAGUUUGAUUUGAGAAAGGGGCUGUUCUAGCUGUAUCGAGAGGCUUGAAACUCCUGGUGAUACCUUCCCUUGGUUAGGUAAGUGAUGAGUAAUGAUGAGGGGGGAGGAAGUCGAUCUAAGGAUAACGGAGAAGAUUUGAGACUGAGAUGUAUACUCCUACUGUUGUGGUGGUACAGAGUGUUGUAAUAGUCAAUUGAUUGAUUAAUUGAUUGAUUGAUGGAAUAGGGUCCUGGUAGCACGACAUAGUACUAGUACAGCAACGUACACACACGUACACAUAGCGCCGUCGAAAUUCUAUGGAGAAGACUGUACGAGUACAGCCCUCCAAGGAAUAUUGACUCGAGAGGGUCAAUAAUCAUAUCGAGUAUCCAGAGCACAGACGAAUGAUGUGUCCGGUGCGGUGCAAUGUAUUUACCAGAGAUUACCGUUGGUGUAUUUUCAUAACUCUGGCGGAGUCGUAUGCAGUAAUAAUGCACACCAACACCCCUUCCAAUAUUAAUACCCUAGGCAGCUGCAGCGUACGGGCGCGGCAGCGCAGCGCAUUGUUCAGAGCUUGGCCCCGACACUGACUGACUGACUGACACCUUUGCAAUGAGUCUUUUCUCUGAUUGAUCUUGGUGCAGUCGCAGUCGCAGUUGUCGUCGGUAGCCCUCACUCCCGCGGGGCUUUGCUCGAUUUGCAUUCGUGAAGUUUGAAGUGAAAAUAGAAUUUGGAGUGCGUGUAAAGGAGGAUGCGCGGCCACUUCUCCACUCGUGCCAUAGAUGGCAUCAUCUGGAGAUCAUGGAAAGUAUCAAGGAGAAUUAAGGUCGAGGAUGUCUGUGAACGAGGCUGUGCGACGUGGGUGGUCGAUGGGACUCGAGGAAGCUAUCGAGGCGUCUGGAUGAGUGGAAAAACGUAUCCACGUAUCACUCCGUACAGCAAUGUACAGAUCCCCUGAUACCGAUACCCACAAUCCACACGUACUGUACCUACUACUGUAGCACAAACCCACAUACUUCUGCAGGUUGAGAAGUAUCUUUUGGUUGGUGUACCGGUAGCAGUACUUACCUAUGGCUUCUGUAUUCGUCCCGCCAUCCACACCCUAUAUCGUUCGUCCCGCUAUCCACCCCCAAUUCCCUGGUUGGGAUAGGGAGAGAGUGAGUAAACACAGCGUGUCAGGGGAUCUGGAGGGGGAGAAGUGUAGAAGCGACCCGUCCACCAAUACAAUACUCACUAUUACUCCAGCUCACUCCAGCCCACUCCAGCUCUGUCAAUAAUACGGAGCGUACCUAGUUCGUUCCAGUACCAGUACACAAUAAAACCCAUAGCGAGAGCAUGAGUAAACACAGCGUGUCACCGUUGGAAAUGACGAUGAGACCCAUCCCGAGAAAGCCAAAAAAAACCACUCACGAUCACUCAUUCGCAACACAACCCCAUAUUCUACUACCCAGAUCCAGUCCACUACCGUACCCACAGCUCCUACCCGCCUCUGAUAGGCUGCUAUUCAAAGCUUCGAGUCUCUUGGACAGUGACUUGUUUACCAGCUAUCUGGCCGGCUGGGGGUUGUGUUUGUCACACAAAGACUCUCUUUCUUCAAUUAGGUCAUAGCCCACCUGCCUACCCUGCCUGCCUGAUGGCAAAAUGUUGAUACGACGGAUAGGAUGAGAUGGUGGCGGAGGGUUGAUGCGCUGAAAAAAAAACAUGGAGGUUGUGUGGCCUCCUCUGCCUGCUUCUGCUGCUCCUGCCACAAAGGAAAAGGGUGUGGCGAUAAAUCUGAGUGGGAAGGGGUGUGGCUGGAGAGUCCGUGGGGACCAAUGAAAGGGACUGCUUAUCCACAGCGACUCUUUUCCUCGUAGACUGAGUGGCUCGUCCCGCUAGCUAGACCCCCCCCCCUGGUGCUUGAUGCUUGGUGCUUGGUGCUUGCCUGCAUCGCCGUGACUCCACUCUUCACUCGAGCCUGCCGUGUGCUCCCACCAGCCGCUUCUUGCCCCCCCACUUCCCUCUUCCGACCACCAACCCAAAUCUCACUCCCCCCCUUCCCCCUUCCGACCACCAACCCAAAUCUCACCCCCCCAGCCAGCUUGCGGUAGGUGGCUCUGGCUGGCUGGGCUCCUGGGCUGCUGGGCUGCUUAAGUAGGCGUGUCCCCCCAUAGUGAAAAUGAACAAAAGCGCUGGCAUGCCCGCAGUCUGAAGAUUUCACUUCAACACCGCAAUGUAUGAUCCCAACGCCUAAACAAAGCGGCUCUUUGAAGUCUGCCCACCCGUCCACUACAUUGCCAUCCAUCUCGAAAUCAUCUAGACUGAUAAACUCCUCCUCACCACCCUUUCCCUCCUGCAAAAAGUUGUCCAGCGAGCGAUCUCUGCGACAGAGCAAACACUUCCAUUUCUCGCCUCCCAGUGACUCUGAAGCGCAAGCUCCGUCAAGUCACGCUGAUCCUCCGCCUCACCUCACCCACCGACCCAGACUCCCAGACUCCCAGACUCCACCGACCCAGACUCCCAGACUCCCAGACUCCCAGACUCCACCGACCACCAAGCUUUCCCUAUACCUCUGUUCGCCCUCAUAG